GCGGAGGCCGGGCAUUCGCGUCUGCGCGGACUGGGGGGCCGCGCGCGGGAACCUGCGGAGGUGCCGACCGGACCAGGCGGUUGCUGGGAGGAAGGGGUUCGUUGGAGGCGGCUCUUCCUGGGCCGCUUCGGGCGAGCAGCCGAGGAGCGCGGAGCCUCGGCGGGCCCGGCCCAAAAGUCCGUUGUGCCGCGGUCCGCGUGACCGGAACCGCCCACGCCGACCCGGGUCGUUUCGCCCACGCCUACUCGGCUGACUGAGGCCCACGCUGUCCGGUGCUGACUAGGGCCGCCGCCCCGCUGUCACUCCCGCGCAGGUAGGUGCCCCACGCAGGUCGGUGCCCCCCACUCAGGUAGGUGACCCCCACCCAGCGCAGGUAGGUGCCCUUCGGGCAGGUCGGUAACCCCGUGCAGGUGAGUGCCCCCUGCUCAAGUAGGUGACCCCCGCGCAUAUGGCUGACCCCCGCUUAGGUAGGUGACCCCCGCAGGUAGGUGCCCCCGACUCGGUUAAGUGAUCCCCUCCCAGCGCAGGUAGGUGAUCUCUGCUCAGGUAGGUGACCCCGUGCAGGUAAGUGCCCCCUGCUUAAGUAGGUGACCCCCGCGUAGGUCGGUACCCCCCAGCGCAGGUAGGUGGCCCCCGCGUGGUGGGGAUGCCGGCUGGUCCCGCAGCGGGUCUUGGGCCGGUCGCAACCCCGCAGGAACGACCUCCCUCCCUGCGGACGCCCGGGCGGGCAGCCGGUUGAGCUGCGUUCGGGAGGCGGAGGCCCGAGGUGCUGGGGAAUCGCGUGGACGCCGGUUGAUGGGGAGUCCAGCGAGGGAGACGGGCCCACAGCGGGAAAUGACAAACUGGCUAUCCCGGAACCUUGAGCCCCAGACUGGACCCCAGAAGGGCAGGAGCCAGUGAGAGGACCGCGUCGUACCGGCAACAAGUUCUUGUAGUGACAAAUCAGGGGUGUGACCUCCAUCCACACCCUGGCUCCCCCAGGUACAGGAAGCACCUGGGUGGAGGCCUUCCUCAGCGGGGCCAGAGAUGGCGUCCGUGGACUUCAAGACCUAUGUGGACCAGGCCUGCCGUGCAGCUGAGGAGUUCGUGAACGUGUACUACACCACCAUGGACAAGAGGCGGCGGCUGCUGUCCCGCCUGUACAUGGGCACGGCCACCUUGGUGUGGAACGGCAACGCCGUUUCGGGACAAGAGUCCUUGAGUGAGUUUUUUGAGAUGCUGCCUUCCAGUGAGUUCCAAAUCAACGUGGUAGACUGCCAGCCCGUUCACGAUGAAGCCACCCCGAGCCAGACCACGGUCCUCGUGGUGAUCUGUGGGACAGUGAAGUUUGAGGGCAACAAACAGCGGGACUUCAACCAGAACUUCAUCCUGACAGCCCAGGCCUCGCCCAGCAACACGGUGUGGAAGAUUGCCAGUGACUGCUUCCGGUUCCAGGACUGGGCCUGCUAGUGGCGUGGGGAGACACCCCCAGACUGAACCCUGCGCUCCCUCGAGUCCCAGGGGCGCUUUUCUCGGCGUACACUUGUCAUAGCUGCCUUUUCAAAGUAGUAAAAUUCUCUAUUUUUCUACUUGCCCGGUAGAGACCUGGUCUCUGGAAAUUCUGACGAAUAAAAUGAUGAUAUGAACGUU